UAUUGAUUGUACUUGCAUGUUGCUUGUAUUUUUAAUAAUAAAGUACACGUGUUGCGGUGGUGAUGAGACGUUUCUACUGCACAGCAGGCGCAGGGAUGGAGGAGCUGCUGGCCGAGGAGGUCCAACGCAAACUCUGCGCUAUUGAAGUGGAGCAGAUUCCAGGCAGAGUGUUUUUCUGCAGUAAUGCUGAUCUACACACUGUGACACAGCUCAAAUCUGGAGAAAGGCUCUUCCUCCUCCUGCACAGAACUGAACCCAUUUCCCUUCCAAACAACCCAGUAGCAAAGGCAGCUGGUGUUAUACAGCAAAGCAUUGUGGGAGAUCCAGACAUUUGGAGGCAAACCUUCUUAACCUGGAGAGCAUUACAGACAGAGCUUCAGUACAACCAGCAGCGUGGACAGAAGAGAAAGAGAAAGGAAGAUGGGGAGGAGAGUUUAGACACUCUUUCUUCCAGUAGACACUUAGACGGACACAAUGAAAUGGGAAAGGAGUUAGAUCAGCACCCAAAAUCCUUUAGAGUGAGCUGCCGGUGUAGUGGAGUGAUUGCUCGCUCUUAUACCACUCAGAUACUGAGUCGUAUGAUUGGGAUGGCCAUCAAAGAACAGCUUGGGUGGAAGGUAGACCUGAGAGAUCCCAUUCUUGAGGUAAAUGUGUAUUUAAGUGAUGACCAUUGUGUUGUAGGCAUCCCUCUCUUGAAACAUCCUCUGGCCAGCCGUUGUUAUAUGAAACACAACGGGUUGCGUUCUACAAUAGCCUGGGCCAUGACCUCUAUUUGCCCUAAACAGCUAAAUGAUUGUGUGAUUUUAGACCCAAUGUGUGGAGUUGGUGCUGUGUUGCUGGAAGCAGCCCAAGAGUAUUCUAAUGCUAUAUUUUUAGGCAUGGAUACAGACAUGUCUCAGUUACAGAAGGCAGCAGAUAACAUAAAAGCAGCUGGAAUGGAAGGAAGAUUGCAGCUACUUCAGUCUUCUGUCAUGGAGAUCCCUUUAGCAGAUGGAGUGGUUGAUGCUGUGCUGUGUGAUGUUCCAUUUGGCAGGAAGUUCAGUUGCAGCAUUGACAUGCCAAGGGCCCUGCCACACUUACUGAGAGAGAUGGAGAGGGUACUUCGUGUUGGUGGUCAUCUAGUUCUGUUACUGAGUUUACAGCUUUCAGCUCAACUCAAGAAGAUAAUUUGCACACAUGAACACAACCCAAGCACACAUAACCAGCAUACAAACUCCUCAGACAUACACAGUGGUAACACAGACCCCUCAAACACACACAAUGAAUGCAAAGACACACCAAAAACCAUAACAUUUCACAAAUCAUGCUCUGAAACUUCAAAUACACCAAUAUUAAUCAGCUCAUUACAAGCACAGAGGUCACACAAGGUUAGUCUGGGGAACACAGACGCAUUUAUACAAGUAUACACCAAAAUACAAUCAGAAAAACAAACUCAGACACACUGAAACACAAACUCACCCUGACAAUCAGACAACAAAUGACCAAAAUUCUAAUAAAGUGUUUUAUA